AUGAUUCUGUUCUUGUUUGGAUAUCUUUCGCCGAGUUUCAGGUCGAUGAAUUCUGGGUCUUUACGGACCAAGAAGUGGGAAGAGCUUUCUUUUCACGUACAUCACCCUGCAGCAUUUGAUCCAAAAGGGGACGACACGCCCAAGCUGCUGAUCUGCGCUUUGAUCGCCUGCAGUUACCCGAGGAGGAUUUGA